CAAAUAAAAUGAUGGAUUGGAGCGUCGCCCCCCUUAAAUUAGUUUAAUUAAAACCACAGUCCACAGAGACAUAUCCAACGCUGCCGCCGCUCGGUGGCAUUAGGAUCCGAUUCCGAUUCCGAUUCCGAUUCAGAGGUGAAGUAUCAUCACCCAACUCCUAAGCACGCCGCAGUGUGGGCUGAGAAUGAGCUCCCAGUUAUAUCGUCCCAGCCGACUACCCAUUUGCUUCUCCCUCGUCCUCAUCGCCCUCUUUACAGUUUUCGGCAUAUUCAUGUUAGAUCUCAGAUCCCUUGAUCCAUCGGACCACCCUCCCAUCCAUCGUAAUCAUAGCACUUACCUACCACAAACCUUAGAGAAACCGGCAGCUAAUUCGAGGUUGGUUAUGAGAGGAUCGGGAUCGGGAUCGGGAUUGGGGUCGGCGUCGGCAUCAGGUGAUGUCAAGACCAAGACCUGCGCGACCGUUGAGGAGAUGGGCGAGAUCUUCCGUAGAGGUUAUGUGGAAGAAAGCCUCCAAGUGAGAAGAACUAUUCGCCAUCACUUCUCCAUUAAUGGUGCAGCAAGAGUACGAGAGCUGAAGCCACAAGAAUUCUGCCGCCAUGGUUUUGUCAUCGGAAAAGCGUCAGAAGCUGGUUUGGGAAAUGAGCUGUACAAGAUCUUAACUGCUGCAGCAUUGAGCGUUAUGCUGAACCGGUCAUUGAUAAUUGGGCAAACCAGGGGUAGAUAUCCUUUUGGUGAUUUCGUCUCAUAUUCCAAUGUCUCCUUCACCCUGAAAGAAGUCAAGCACUUGUGGAGACAGAAUCGCUGCCUGACAAGAUAUGGGAGGCAUCUGACAAUGAGGAUUGAUGACUUUCAGAAGCCAACCAAAACUGAUGUUCUUUGCAGUAAUUGGAGAAAAUGGGUGCAACCUAUCAUAUGUCGAUCUUCAAUCAGGUUCCAGAAUACUACAGAUGCCGUGGCUGCUCAGUUUUUCUUGAAGAACAUACAUUCUGAAAUGAGGGAGGUUGCAUCUAAUUUAUUUGGAAAUCCCGAAAAUCUUCAGUACAGGGCAAAUGUGUUUGGGGAGCUCAUGAGGAUUCUAAUAUACCCUUCAAGAGAUGUUGAGCAGGCGGUACAUUGGGCUCUUGAUGGCCGCACAAGUCCUGAUAUUGCACUGCACAUGCGAAUGAUGAUGAACAGAUCUGUGAGAGCAAAGAAUGCAGCCUUGCGUUGCAUGAGAGAAGCUGUGCGUAAUGUUCCAGUGGUGGGAUCGAAGCCGAAAGUGGUUUUGGUUUCUGAUACACCUUCUAUGGUGAAAGAUAUUUGCCCAAGUCUGGAGGAGUUUGCAGAGGUUGUACACUUCGAUUAUAAAAGGUAUGAAGGAAAUGUAUCCGGUGCUGCAGCAGGGGCAGGGGCAGGCAGCCCAAACACUCAGAAAUCUAACAAGGUGUUGGAUUUCAGAGUGAAGGACUGGGGUCCAGCGCCCAGAUGGGUAGCCUUUGUUGAUUUCUUUCUGGCGGCGCGUGCUAAGCAUGGUGUUGUCUCUGGAGCUCACCGACGUGUUGGAACCACAUACGUGCAGUUGAUAGCAGCGCUUGCAGCAGCAUACAGACUUGAUGAGAGCAAGAGCGCAUCCAACCAGUCCAGCAUUGCAUUCCUGAGCAGCUUCCAGAGCAAUGCCCUGUCGGAAGGGUUGAAGAAUCAGGUGGGGUGGGGGCACGCGUGGAACAGAUUUGCGGGCCCAUUGAGCUGCCGCGGCCAGGCGGGCCAAUGUGCUCCGACGCCCAUCCUCCCUCCGGCCUGGUGGGAUGGACUCUGGCAAUCACCCAUACCGCGCGACUCACGGCGGAUGGAAGCCUAUGGCGUCAGGCUGACAGGUUUAGGAACAUUCGAUGGGACCCACCUCAAUGACUUCUGUAGGGCCAGGGGGGAGAGGGAGAGGGAGACCUCAUUUGAUUUUCUACUUUGAUGUUACUACUAUUACUGUAUCUGUAUGUAGUAUAACUAAAUAGCCGGCCUGACGGGCACGUGACUCUCUCUCUCUCUCUCUCUCCCUCGCCAUCUCUAGACUCACUCGCUAUAUGCACACAAUACAAAUUAGUGAAGCUAUGCUACAUAAGGUGAUUGAUGUACACUUGCAGAGAAACAACCAAAUUUCACAUAAUUAAAACAAACAAUUGCUUGAUACUA